UAAGGCUCAUGUUUUGUUAACUUGGGCAGGAAUUUCCAGUAACUGCUAAGGCACACACUGCAAACUCUGACAGCUCCACCUGUGGCCUCGGGACACCACUCCCCUCAACUCCUUUUCACUGUCCCUCCUCCCAAGUUCUGAAGUAUCAAAGGAGUCCUUGGCGACCAGGUUUUAGAUGGAGCAGCCAUUCUCUGAGGAUAGGUCUUGCAAAUAUUUUUGUGGCAGUCGUAGAACCAUGUGGCGGUCCGUUUUGACAUUGUACCAGCUGUUGUUAGUGUCCCAGCCUCUCUGGGCUCGGGCAGAAGGGCCAGUUGAAGUCAUUACCCCUCAGAUCUGCAGUCUUGAAUGCAUCCGAAAGGAGAGACCUGAAUGUGAAUAUUGCAGAGUAACAUCAGAUGACAUCAAGAAGACUCUGGGUUUUAACUCCCUCCAUGUGUUUAGAGGCUGUCUUCCGUGGCCUUGUUUGGAGCUCCUCGGGGAUGAAGACCCAACGACCUGUAUGCAUUAUGUCGAAGCACCAAAUGAUUUGAAAAUAGAGUUCAUAGAUGAGGACAACCUUGAGUCUGACACUGUUGUUGUCUCCUGGAAGCCAAGCCAAUACGGAAUUGCAUUUUUGCGAGGAUUUCAAGUGUUCAUGCAGCGUAUUGGAAGCACCGCUGUUGCCUGUCAGCUGUUGCUCUUCAACCGUAACGUAACCGUCUCCCACUCAGCUUCACAAGCUCAAAAGGUUUACAAGUCAGACCCAUUUCCCAACCUCUCCUUGGGAUCUAGAUAUGUUGUCACUGUCAUGGCCUUGCCGGUUCCUGAACAAUGGGACAAAUUUAACCGAAACAUCUCCUUCUACACUCGCUCAUGUGCAGAGAAGAAGGGUCUGGAGCAGUGUAAGGAGGACUGGUACCCACAGCAUAUUGAGGUCCAACAAAAUGGUUCUGUCAUUACUGUGACUUUUAACUUGGCUCCACCAAAACUGGGCAUCAGAAGGUACUUUUCCAUUUGCUACGGAAACAAAAAUAGGAAUUAUACCGACAUUGUUCCAGAUUCCUCCAAAAACAAAACCCACCACAGGUUCCAGCUGAACGGCCUCCAUAAAAAAACCAACUACACUUGUGAGAUAGCUGCUAAAGAAGUAAAUGCUAAGAGAAACCGAUUCUGGAUUUAUGUCAAGGACUCUCAGAAAGAUAUUCCUGCCGCCGAUUCCCCAUCCUUGGCUGUGGUGCUAAGUCUGUGUCUGACUGUAGCAGCCACAUUUGGAGUCCUACUGGUCGCUCUAAUGUGUUGGAGGUCAAAGAUGCAUGCAAAAAAACUUAAUAUAAAUUCAGAAAUUAUUUCCCUGAAAGAAGAGAAUAAGACUCAAAAGGAGGUGUUGAUGUUGCCUGGAGACAGACCAACCCCUCCACGUCUUCUAAUUUGCUACAGCAGCUGUGAUGGCCCUGCUCAUGUAAAUGCAGUCAUGCAGUUGGCAGCCUUCAUACAGAAGCACAUGGCGACCCAGGUGUGCCUGGACCUCUGGGAUUCUCUAAGCAUUGCAGAGGAGGGCAGUAUGGCCUGGCACUGUCGGCAGAUCAGGGAGAGUGAUUUCAUACUAGUUAUCUGUUCUCCAGGAUUUAGACAAAGUCAUGACCAAGCUGAUCAAGAGUUCAAUCAUGACAACAUUUUAGAUGUGAUGUCAACCACUUGCAGUUCUAAAGCCAUCAUCCAACUUAUUGGAGAAGAGGUGGGACAAGCCAAAGCCCGUGGAGAAGACCUGUCUAAAUACAUGGCGGCCAUUUUCCAGUACUGCAAGGAAACGGACAUCCCCAUUGAGCUGAGACUGGCAUCUCACUACACAUUACCAUGCGACUUUCCACUUCUCUUCUCUCAUCUUCAUGGUGUGGCCCUGCACAGACCAGGCAGUUACCUGAUGAUAAACAACAUCACAGAAGAGGGAUUCACUACUGUCCCAACAGGAGCUGCUCUUCAAGUGGCCAUCCAGGAGGCAGGGAUGUCACUGAGUGGAGAAACUCAGCAGACAUUGGAAGGCCAAAAAUGCAACAGAGUAGAAGUUUAAAACUCAAUAUAGAGAGGGAAAUCAUAAUUACACCCUUUUCUUUUCAUGUAAUUUGUUUCUAUUUUGGCUGAAAAUCCACACCAUUUAUGAAGGACAACCCGAGUUAUCCACGUAAACUAGGGACAACUAGAUGCAAAAAAGCCUAAACUGCCCAAAUGGGAGGCAUAGUUAAAUUUACUCUGUUACAUUUACUUGAGUAACUUUUUUAUCUACUUUUAGGAGUAGUUUUCCAGCAUUUUUCUUUUCACUUUAAGUUGAGUGAAAAUUCUAGCUACUCCAUCAAUGAAGAGUAAUGUUACUUAAUGAAAAAAAGUCUUCUUUUUUGUACUCAAGCUUAUUGGUGUUUUUCUUCCCUCUGCUGAAUCUGCCGUGCCAUUUGGAUGUAUUCUUACAUACUGCAACCAUUGAUUUUGUAACUUCUAUAACUCAAACAAAUGAAAUCAGUUGUUAUUGUCAUUGUUAGUAAGUAGAUCAGUUGCUCAGUACUUGAGUAGCCUUUUUACGUUUUACUUAAGGGACUUCUUUAAAGGAUACUUUUUACUUAAUAGUCUAAAUAGUCUUACAAUUUACCAUUUUGGGUACUCCACCCUGCUCUGCUAAAAUUUUAUUUUAACCAUCUUUUCCACAAAAACAGUCUUCAAGUCUUAAAAACUCUAAGAUGCGUCCCCUAUUUACUCUGAUCUUCUGUUUGGAGUUCUUGGUUAAAAGUCAAGUGAAUGACUAGGUGGUUUUAGAACCGUUAUUUUAAAGUUUCCUUUGCUGCAUGUUGGGAACCAAACCUUUUUUAUCUUCACAUUUGUAUCUGGUAAGUCUUGAUAAGUUUCUUAAUUCAUCUCUAAUUCUCCAUUCGUUUUUCACUCAUCUUAAUGCUUGACAUUUCUAUGGCUGAACGUCACUGUGACAAAGUGGGUGAAAACACCAUUGGUCUCAGUUUAUACAUUUUAUUGUUCUUGUUUGCUUGAUUUAACCAUCUCUUUAUUCUGUAGUCUGCAUUCAUACACUAUUCCGUGUUUGUUUAUGUUUGCAUUUUUACAGAUUUAGUAUAACAUCUUGGUUUAAAUCAAGUUACAACUCUUCUAGGUUUCUGAUUAUUGAAGUGUUGUGUUUCAUUUUGGUGAACUUAAUUGACCUGUCUUUCAGGAGGAAGUGUGAUAUUGCUUCAUGCAAUUAGAACCUCCUGUGUAGAUCUGUGGUCACAGGAAGGUGAUUUAAUUGUGUGGUGUAUGGGGGGGGGUCUAUUUAUUGUUUCUCCUCCUCUGUCAGAAAUGAGAGAUAAGGCCACAAGGUCAGAUUUGGCACUGUCAGAUUUGGGAUGGAUUCUUGGUUUUCUAUCCCUUUUUACAUCUUAUUUUCUUCCAUGAGUCAUUCCCAGUGUCAUUUCAUUUUAUUACAAAUAACUACUUGCAUUGACUUUUUUUUUUUUUUUUUUGGAUAUGUGGAUCAAUGGGGUUUCAUUCAUAAAUGGAAUUAAUUACGAGUCAGUUUAUUUGGAACUAUAUUUAUUGUUCUUUCCCCAUUCCAAUAAUUGUGGAUACAUGAGAGGAGGCUCAAAUGCACACAACUUUGCACUAUAUUUUAUGACUUUAUGCAUGCAGUACUGUACAUAAGGUAUAGAAAUACUAAUACCUUUAUUAUAUGUCUUCUAAAAUGCUGCUAGGUGUUUAAUCCCUUUGAAAAUAAUCACUACCUGUGGAAUAUAUCUUUGAGUAUGUUUACAAACAUAUUUUUUUCAUGCUUAUGCGUAUCAUAUAUAGUUUUUCUUUUUUUUUCUUCGAUUUUUAGUUGAAUGAACGGUAUAUACAGUAUAUGUAAACUGUAU